UCAUUUGUACAUAAGAGCAGUGUGCGAAGAUACAUGUUUGGUCCAUGAUUAAGUUUUAGCGGUCAAAAGAUUCUAUGUGGCCGCCGAAGAAACAUAUGAACCAGAGUAACAUUUGUGUUUUGGGCCGUGAAAACUGUUUACAUGUGUUGAACAUUCAGUUGUAAUUGAGGACUAAAUAAUCUCAUGGCUAAAGACAAAUCUGUGUCAAAACCGCCUAAAAGAAAGGCACUGAGCCCAAAUGUCAAUGAGGUUCAUGUGGAAGAAAUGAUGGACACUAAAGGAAAAAGGAAAAGGAAAAAGAUAGAGGUAGAGGAGGCGCCGGUACAGAGUCCUCAUGUGAUGAUCACAGGAGAUGAUACAAAACAGAAAAAGCAUAAGAAACACAAAAAGAAACACAUGACAGAGCAGAUGACAACACAAACUGAGAAAUCAGAUCCACCCCAUCGUCCGGGGAGGACAGACGAGGUGGAGGGAGAGGAGGACCUAAGCCCCGAGGAGAAGCGGGUCCUGGAGAGGAAGAUGAAGAAGAUCCUGAAAAAGGAGGAGAAGAAGAGGCUCAAAGCGGAGGGAGAGACUGAAAAGAAACCUGAAGCAUCUGGACCCAUUGCACCUCAGCAGGCCUUAGACUAUCUCACCUGCUGGGCCGACAACCGCACAGAGUGGAAGUUCCAGAAGACGAGGCAGACGUGGUUACUGCAGCACAUGUUUGACCCCCAACAGAUUCCAGAUGUGAAGUUCUCCGUGCUGCUCGAGUACCUGGAGGGGCUGCGCGGAGCAGCCAAAGACACCACGGUGCAGAAGGCCUUAGCUCUGGUUGAAGAGUCGGGACAGGCACCAGAGGACAAGGAUGUCCAGCAGAGGGCGCACAGAGCCAGAGAAGUUAUCCAGCUGCUCUCCUGAACCCACCACCAUCAAACAAAGGCAUGAAGCCCACCAGGAAAAGACUGAGACAUGUUGGUUGGUCAGUGGACUGACCAGUGGACUGAUCAAUCACCCUGGUGUCACACUAAAACAUGUUUUUAUAUGUAGUGUUUUGGACUGGUCCUUCAGGGAAAGGAUGUGUUUUGAUUUAAUUACCAGUAUUGCUCACAUUUUUUAAUUUAAAUGUGUCUAGGUUACUGUUUAUUCUCCAUUUCUUGACAUUCUCUGUGUUCAUUGUUGCCAGGUAGUAAUCAGUCACCAAAAUCAUUUGCAUAAAAUAUGAAAUCUUACAAUGGG